CGCCGGUCAGGCCCGGCGCGGCUUCUCCUUCCAGGAAGACAACUUGGCCUCCCCUGCUGAUUCGUAUCAUGCUGCGCCGCUCAAGAUUGUUGAAUAUCCGGAUCCCAGGUUGAGGGCUAAGAACAAGAGGAUCGGUACCUUUGACGAGAGUUUGAAGAAGUUAGCCGACGAGAUGUUUGAUGUAAUGUACAAAACUGAUGGCAUUGGGUUGUCGGCACCCCAAGUUGGGAUGAACAUUCAGCUUAUGGUUUUUAAUCCUGUUGGUGAACGUGGUGAAGGAGAAGAGAUUGUGCUUGUAAACCCUGUAGUGCACAAGUCCUCUAAAAAUACUUUUUCUUACAAUGAAGGCUGCUUAUCGUUUCCUGGAAUCUAUGCUGAUGUAGUGAGACCCGCAUCUGUCAAGAUUGAUGCUAGAGAUAUAAAUGGAGCAAGGUUUCGGGUUAAUCUUUCUGGUCUUCCGGCUCGGAUUUUCCAGCAUGAAUUUGAUCAUUUGCAGGGAAUGCUGUUUUUCGAUCGGAUGACUGAAGAUGUGCUUGAUAGCAUUCGGUCCGAACUAAAGGCUUUAGAGAAGAAGUAUGAAGAUCUGACUGGGCAGCCUAGCCCAGAAAAUAUUGACAAUUACAAACAAAGACAACAAUUUGCAGCUGGUUUCUCCAGAACUUGAAAUAUCUGGAGUUCUACCCGCAAUUUAUUUAUUGUAAAGUGCUUCCCCUUUAUAAUAUAUUUACAUGUACUUAUUACCAACAGUUCUAUAUGAUCUGCUAUUUGCAUAUUUGUAAGUUUAGUAAAUUAUUUAUGUGUUAAACAAGGCUAAUUCAUUGAAGUUUUGUAAUUUGGGCAGAACAAGAUGACAAAAAUGUCUACUUUUAU